CGUUAGGAAUAUUGCGUGGAUGAGAGUUGGAACGCAGAAAUUACAGAAAAGAAGAGUUCAAGUGGCAAAAAUGAACGGUUACUUUGAAAACGAUUUGGCAAGGCUUUCAAGUGACUUUAGAUUAGUUUUCCAAGUGAUUCUCUGGCCUUUGAUAAUCAUCGGAGUGAUUGGAAACGUGGGAGUUUUGUGUUGCAUUUGUUUUUCAACCAGGAAGAGUAGUUCAUCUUUCUCUCUAAAACCCUUCUACAAGAUGUCUUUGGUGUCCUUGGCCUUGGCAGAUCUUUUGUUAUUAGGAUCAUCGGGAACAAAUGUCCUGGCAACCGUUACCAACAAGACACUGCUUUGGAAGCUAUCCAGCUUAGGCUGUACAUUGAUUCCAUAUUUCCAGACAGUCUCCAUGCUCGUAACAUCAUUAAACUUGGCAGGAAUUGCUCUAAAUCGGUACUCAGCAAUUCAAUCUAAGCAUUCACUAUCACAAAAUUCUACAGGUAAUUUGGUAGCUGUAGGCUCAACCAUCAUCGUCUGGAGUGUUGCGUGUAGUUCGUCUUACCCAGUUUUGGAGAUUUAUACAACAGAAACUGUUGGUGUAAUAAACAAUUCAACAAUAUACACAGGAACUUUGUGUGUGACGGAUCGUCAUGCAGCUGCGACGGUUUAUACUGCACUCUUUGCUGUCAUUUUUGUCCCUCUUACAACAGUGUUCAUCCUUGUCUACAUUCUCUUGGCUUUAAGCAUUCACAGACGAAAAUCUCCGGGGGAAAUCCGACGCAAUCAGCCUCAAAUAAGUCAAGACAACUCAACUGCUUCUACAAAUACAACAAUCAAAUCUGUGACUUGGAUGAAAAAAACACCAACUCCAAUUCAUAUAAUUCGGAAACGUCGAACUGUGAAAGUAAUUUUAAUGCUAAUUGGUAUUUUUAGCUUUUGUAGAUUACCACAGUGGAUAUAUCUACUAGUUAAAUUACACAUCACAUUGUCUGGUAACUUUUGGUGGCAUUUACAAGUUGUUUUGACGUCUUUAUCACUUUUAAACGCAACAGUUCAUCCGUUUUUAUAUGCAUUUUUGAAUGAAGCUCUGUCGUUGGUUUCGUGGAUUUAUUCUCUCUGUUGUGCACGAAAUAAAUCAAUGCCAGUGAGUCAAGAGUCUAAGGAAGUAAAAGAGGGAAGCUUUUCUGCAAGUAUCAAAGUACCUCGAGGUCCUUAUAGUCCCUAAUUUUUAUUGUAAGCUCAUCCAAUAAAUCUUUACUAAUUUCAUCUUUGUAAGCUUUUAAUCAAUUUUAAUUGAAAAAUCUUUAAAAUUUUAAUAAUAAAUAAUUCGAUUAAUUAAACUAUUUCAAUAAGUUAUGUAUGAAGCAGUUAAAGUACAUAAAAAAUAAAUAAAACUUGAAUGCAAGUUA